AUGGGCAACGCGCACCGCAAGAGGAGCCCGGCAGGCGUCAAGGCCGGCUCCUCCUGGCCCUUCGGCCGCGCCGGGAAGCCGGGGACAGGCGCUGCCAAGGGCGAUGCUGAGAAGCGGCUGAGCGUGCAGUACACAGCGGGCGAGGAAUGUCCGGACAACGUCUUCUUCCCCAGCACGCGGCCCCCGCACCUGGAGGAGCUGCACAACCAGGCUCAGCAGGGACUGAAGUCCCUGCAGCACCAGGAGAAGCAGAAGCAGACCAAAAGUGCCUGGGACCACGGGGACACCAGCAGCCUCCAGUCCUGCGCAUCCUCGGAGGAUGACAGCCUGUCUGUCCGGAGCCGGGCAGCCUCCUGUGCCACGGACAGCACCUCUGAGGACGCCCUCUCCGUCCGCUCCGAGAUGAUCCAGCGGAAAGGUUCCACCUUCCGACCGCACGACUCCUUUCCCAAAUCCUCGGAGAGGGCUGGCAAGAAGAGGAAGGAGAGGAGGACGACAGUGCUGGGCAUCCCCCAGCAUGUCCAGAAGGAGCUGGGUCUCAGGAACAGCCGGGAAGCCAAAGGACGCCCCGAGGCUGAUGGCCGAGGGCAGCCGGGGCGUGGGGGCAGCCAGGCUCUGCAGCCCUUGCUGAACGGUGGGCAGGUCUCCGGCGACGCCAUCCGCAUCCCCACCAUCGACGGGAAGCUGCAGCCGCUGGCUGUCCCUGGGGGUGCCCGCGUCUGCCUGGGAGCCUUGGAGGAGGCAGACACGGCCCUGCAGAAGCACAUUGACCGGGUUUACUACGAUGACACGUUGCUGGGGAGGAAGACAGCGGCCAAGCUGUCGCCCAUGGCGAGGCCAAAGUCGCUGGCCGUGCCGGGCAUGACCACUAAUGCCAGCCCCCUGGAGCUGCUGAGCCCCGUCAUGUCCAUCUCACCCCAGGGCACCUACAUGUCCAAGAUCAUCCCCAACGCCAUCCUGCCGCCCAUGGUGGAUGUGGUGGCCCUGACGCGGAGCAGCGUGCGGACACUGAGCCGCUGCAGCCUGGUGUCAUCCAGCCCGGCCUCGGUGCGCUCCCUCGCCCGCUUCUCGGAGUGCAGUGCCCGCAGCCGCGAGCCCUCCUCCUCCAGCGACAACUGGAGCCACUCACAGUCCACAGAGACCAUCGUCUCCAACAGCUCCACCAUCUCUUCCCAGGGUGGUUCCGACCGCCGGCAGCCCGAGGCAGGGCCGCACGGUGAGGCGGAUGCCGCGGCUCCCUCCGACACCGACCAAGUCAGCGUCUACAGUUCCGCCAGCUUCGCCAGCUCCUGCUCCAAGCCCGCUGCAGGCCCCGUGCCUGCGGCCCCCGGGCUCCUGGCCGUGGGGGGCAGCAGCGGCCGGGUGUCCCCUGCCUAUAGCACGAGCAGCCAGGCGGAUGGCUCGGACACGGGCAGCCUGGCCAGCGAACGCUCCUCCGCUCGCAGCGUCUCGCUCAGGAAGAUGAAGAAACCCCCGGCCCCCCCUCGCAGGACCUACUCGCUGCACCAGAAGGCCGAGGGGGAAGCCAAGGUGCUGGGGCUGCCCCCCAAGCCCGACCGGCGGUCCCAGCGGGAGAGCAGCGCGCCCUGGUCCCCGCGCCCCGAGCCCUUCAGCCCCACGGCCGAGGAUGAGGUCUUCUCCCCAUCGUCGCUGAGCGAGACCAGCAGCCUCCGCUCCGACAGCCUGGCUGGCACCAGCUCACCCGAGGCCUCGCGGGGCAGCCCCGGGGUGACGGUGGUGCUGAGGGAGCCCCAGACUCAGCCCAAGUGGAGCUGCCUGGAUGGGUCUGAGCGCACCAUGUCCCCUUCCAGCGGCUACUCCAGCCAGAGCGGGACACCCACGCUGCCCGCCAAGGGGCUGGGACCACCAGCCAUGUCCCCGGGCAAGGCUCAGACCCAGAAGCCGGACCGGGUCUACUCCCUGCAGUCACCUGCGCUCUCCGUGUCCUCCUCCCUCACCUCCAUCUCCUCCUCGGCCUCGGACCCGGCCCCCGCUGAGACGCUGUCCUGCCGCUCGGACAGGUUCAUCAUCCCGCCGCACCCCAAGGUGCCUGCUCCCUUCUCCCCGCCACCCACCAAGCCCCAGCAGCCCACGGCCCCCGCCGGCACCCUCCUCCCCUUGCCAGACCCACCAGCACCCAGCACUGCCUGCCAGGAGCCCUUGGCCAAGCCCAGCGGCAAGUCUCCACCGCCGUCGCCGCCGCCUGCCUACCACCCACCUCCCCCGCCGGUGAAGAAGGCGGAGGGGAGCCCCCAGGCCACCAGCGAGGCCCCCGCCGACACCGCCUGGCCCCCGCCGCCCCCACCAGCUCCCGAGGAGCACGACCUGUCCAUGGCGGACUUCCCCCCUCCGGAUGAAGCCUAUUUUUCUAGCCUGCCUGAUGCUCCACCGGCUCCGGUGGCGUCUGGGCAGAAAGCGGCACCGAGCUCGGGGGCUGCAUCUUCCUCGUUCUCGGUCGCCGUCUCCUCAUGUAGCCAGCAGCCGGGCCCGUCGGCCGGGGCACCGCAGCCGCCUUCCCCUGCCGAGCCCCCUCCCGAGGCCACUGUGCCCCCACCGCCUCCUCUCCCCCCACCCUUGGCUCCAGCUCCGCCACCCCAAACCAGCCUUAAGAAGGCGGCCAACGGCCCCCGCGCAGACACCAAGAAGGAGCCGGCAUCGCGGAGCAAGAGUGGCCCUGUGCCCAAGGAAGACGCCAGCCUGCCCAUCGUCACACCCUCGCUGCUGCAGAUGGUGCGGCUGCGCUCCGUGAGCGUGGAGCCGCCCGCCGGGGCCGGGGCCGGUGCCGAGGAGCGACCGACACCCCAGAAGCCCGUCCGUCGGUCCCUGUCCACGCGGCAGCCCCCUCCUGCCAAAGACGCGGUGCCUUCGAACCAGCUCCACCAUGCCGAGCACCUCAAGGCCGUCGCCUUGUCCUCCGGUGAGGCUGCGGAGAAGCCGCCGGGCAGCAGAGUGGCUCUGCCCGGCCCUGAGGUCCCCCCCGGGGAUGGCCAGCUCUCCCCCCGGCACAAGUCACCGGCCUCCACCGCCAGCUUCAUCUUCGCCAAGAGCUCUAGGAAGCUGGUGAUUGAGACGGCCUCCUCCCCCGAGGCACAGGCUGACCUGAAGAGGAACUUGGUGGCCGAGCUGAUUAAUUUCUCCGGGCAGCGCUCGGCAGCCCCGGCUGCCGCCCAGCAGGGCCCCGGCAAGGCGCAAGCCCACCGAAAACCCGGCAAGAUCCCCCCUCCGGUAGCCAAGAAGCCUUCACUUGGCCCGGGGCCGACUCCUUCCCCCCUGAGCCCAAAGGCACCGGGGGCAGAGGCACUGGGCUCCCCCGUGCCGGACGGGAAGGCCAAGGCAGUGCCGGCGGACGAGAGCAGGACUAAGAGCGAGCCGGCAGGGACGGCGGCCUCCGGGACGGAGGGCAGGAGCACUGUGGAGCCGCCGGCUCAGAGCCUCCCUGCACAAGACGGACGGGGAGAGACGGCCUGAAGGACGAAGCUGCAGGACUGGUGCCCUCG